UCCAUUGCUCCGUUUGAAUGAGAGAGAUAAGAUGGCGAAUGUAACCAAAAAAAGAGUGUGUGUGACUGGUGGAACAGGUUUUCUUGGAUCAUGGACGAUCAAGAGGCUACUCGAAGACGGCUACUCCGUUAACGCCACUGUCAGGCUCCAUCCAGACCAAAAGAGGGACAUUAGCUACCUCACGAAUCUCCCCGGCGCGGCCGAGCGGCUGCAGAUCUUCAGCGCCGACUUGGACGAGCCGGACACCUUCGCGGCCGCCAUCAAAGGAUGCGACGGCGUCUUCCACAUGGCCCACCCGCUCGACUUCGCCGAGAAAGACACCGAAGAGGUGAAGCUCAAGCGCGUCACCACGGCCCUACGCACCAUCCUACGCGCCUGCGCCGACUCCAAAUCGGUCCGCCGCGUCGUCUACACCUCCAGCAUCUCCGCCGCCCUCUUCAGCGCCGCCGCCGUCCCCGAGGACGAAAACUCGUGGACCGACGUGGAGCUCAUCCGCAGCCUGAACACCUUCGGAGGGGCCUACGUCGUGACGAAGACGGUGGCGGAGAGAGCCGCCGUCGAUCUGGCGGCGGAGCUGGAUUUGGACCUCGUCUCCGUGUUGCCGACGUGGAUCACCGGCCCUUUCAUUUGCCCUAAUUUGCCGGAUACUGUUCACAUCUCCAUGGCCUUGAUUAAUGGUGAUAAGGGACACUACCAGCACCUGAAAGAAGCGAGUUUAGUCCACGUGGACGACGUUGCUCGGGCGCAUAUCCAUCUGCUGGAGUAUCCGGCAGCGAAGGGGCGAUACAUUGUUGCUGCGGCUCAGUUCACUAUUCAAGAGCUUUCUCAUUUCCUUGCUGCUAAAUAUCCACAUUAUCAGAUGCCUUCUCCUGAUUUGUGGAAGGAUGUGACGGCGGUGAAAUCGUCGGGGCUGUCGACGAAGAAACUGGAGGCAACGGGAUUCAAGUAUGAGAAUGGAUUGGAUGAAAUGUUUGACGACGCAAUUAAAGCAUGCAAAGAGAAAGGGCUUAUGUAGAUUAUUUGAAUGAAUUCGAUUAUGAUAGAUGGGCUCUUGAGCCCAGUUUGUGUCUCCUUUUUUUAAAAGUUUAAACUAUAUGAUAUAUUAAAAUUGAGAUAA